AUGUCUAACGCUACUGUCGCCAGCCUCAGGCAGAGCCUCUGCUCUGAAGACACGCCCCUCCCCGUGCGCUUCCGUGCCCUGUUCUCUCUCAAACAUGUCGCCAAAACCGACCCCGAAUCCGCCCUUGCGGCUAUCGAAGCCAUCGCCGCUGCUUUCGCUUCGCCGUCUGCUCUGCUGAAGCACGAGCUCGCAUAUUGCCUUGGCCAGACCGGUAACGAGGCGGCUAUUCCACCGCUGCGCGAUGUCCUGUCAGAUCUCAAGGAGGACCCCAUGUGCAGACAUGAGGCCGCUGAAGCUCUGGGAGCCCUAGGCAAUGCCUCUAGCUUGGAUCUGCUCCGACAAUUCAGAGACCGUGCUGGUGAGGAAGUCGUUGUUACGGAGACCUGUGAGAUUGCCAUUGAUCGCAUUGAAUGGGAAAACUCCGAGGCAAGGAAGCAAGAGAAGCUGCGUCAAAGCGACUUUGCUUCAGUCGACCCGGCACCCCCUAUGCCCGAGUCCGAAAAGUCGGUUGACGAACUUGGCAGAGUCUUGAUGGAUGUCAACCAGCCUCUCUUCAUGCGAUACCGUGCCAUGUUUGCCCUCCGCGACCUCGCUUCCCCUCCAGACUGCCCGACUGCCGUCCCUGCCGUCAACGCCCUCGCCAAGGGAUUCGCCGACUCCUCAGCACUUUUCCGCCACGAGAUUGCCUUCGUCUUUGGCCAGCUUUCACAUCCUGCGUCUAUCCCUGCCCUGACCGAGGCCCUCAGCAACCUUGAAGAGGUGAGCAUGGUGCGUCAUGAGGCUGCCGAGGCUCUAGGCAGUCUUGGUGACGAAGAGGGCGUCGAGGAUAUCUUGAAACGGUUCCUCCAAGACAAGGAGCAGGUUGUUCGUGAGAGUGUCAUUGUAGCAUUAGACAUGGCCGAGUAUGAGAGGGGUGGCCAGACGGAAUAUGCGUUGAUCCCAGAAGUGGCCGGCGCCUCUGCAUAG